ACGGUAUCAACAGCACCCAUAUAUCGCCUGUCAUGUCGUUGCGGUCGUCGGUAAAAUGCCUGAUUAGGUCAUCACGACCAUUCUCUACCUCCGCCAUCUCCCAGAUGCCGCGUCGCAUUGACCCCGAUUCCCAUGAGGGCAGAAUUCUCCCCAAGCCUUUAGAGAGGAUCCCAGAGCCUGAGACGGACCCAAAUCACCCUCUUUGGGGAUUCUUUAGGGAUAAGAAGGCGUUGCCGUAUCCCGAAGAUGAGAAGCUUGCAGGACGAGGAUGGACGAUUUUCGAGCUGCGAAGCAAGUCGUUCGAGGAUCUGCAUACGUUGUGGUACGUUUGCUUGAAGGAGCUUAACAUCAUGGCAACACAGAUGGCCGAAAGGAGGAGACUUAUGGUUGCCCACCAAGUGUCAGCGCACAAGGAGAGACGGAAUGCUGUCAGGAAGACUAUGCAAGGUAUCAAGUUUACCCUGUCGGAGCGUGUUAUCGCGUAUGAGCACGCAAGGGAGUUGGCAAUCGCGGAGGGUACAAUCACGG